AUGAAGGAGGAAAAUGAUUAGCAGAUCAAUUGCGAAGGUGAUAACAAAGCCACCUUUGAAAAAUAAGAAACUGCUAAAAAAUCUGAAUUCAAAUCAAUACUAAAACAAGAUACAAACAAAAAAUCUGAAUAUAGGUCAGAGUUUUGGAAGAAAUCUGACUUUUUGGAUUUUAAAAAAAAUUUAAAUAAAAUGCUUCUUGAUGAGGAAACAGUAGAAAAAAUAGAAGAUGCAAGAGAAACAAAAUUUUACUUUGAAAAAAUGAGGCAACUGGAUUUAUGCAGACUUACUUUAAUGGUUUAAGCAUAAGCUGUGGCAAUAUUAGAUUAUGAAAUAGAAUUUUAAGAUAAGAAUUAAUACUACGCAAAUUGGUUCCUUUAUAUAAUUUUAAUAUGCUCAAUCAUUCUAAUUAUUAUGACAUACUUCUCCUACGAAGCUAAAAACUAAUUUAUUAUAGCUACCAAAUAAGCAGGAAAGCAAACAACUAUAUUCAAUUCCGGAUAAUGGAAGUUAAUGCUUCUUGAAAUGCUUGUGUUUGUUGUUUUUCCUUAGCCUUGGUUUAGUGACAUUAAGCUUUACUUUUUUGUAGACUAUUAUCAAAUCUAAGUAUAUCAUUAUUUAAAUGAAAUUUUACUUCUGUUCAUGCUUUUCAGAUUUUUUGUUAUGGCUAAAAUUGUUUUGAUGAAUACUUAAUGGUAUAGCGAGAAGGUUAACAGAAUUUGCUAUUUAUAUGCAACUAAAAUGAGUCCUUUAUUCAUCUUAAAGGUUUAUAUGCAAACAAAUCCCAUGCAAGUCUAUUGGUUUUGCUAUAUAUUCAGCUUAUUUUUUUACAGUUAUGCAAUGAGGAUAUGUGAGCGUCCACUAAUACGUGAUCCUCCUGCAGAAGGCGGACCUAAUAUACCUCAUUUCGAUUAAAUUGCUGUUCCAAUAUGGUGUAUUAUGAUUACUAUACCUACUGUCGGUUAUGGUGAUACUUUUCCAGUGACUAAUCAUGGACGUUUUUUUUCAGCUAUGGCAGCUAUUUCUGGAACAUUUAUUACUUCUAUUAUGGUUAACUCUUUAAUAAAUAUCUUGUUAAUUAACUUCCUUGAAGCUAAAUCAUUUUAUAUCUUAAGUAAGCUGUCAGUAUUGUAGAAGUUAAGAUUGGCUGCUUCAUAAAUGUUUUUAUACAUCAAUAAAAAAAGGAAAUUAACUAAAGAAAAUAAGAAAACUGGUUCUAUUAGUGCUAAUUUAAGAAAUUCUAUACAAAAUUAUAAAAAAGCAUACAGAGAAUAUAAGUCAAUCAUAGACUAAUCUAAUUUAUCUGAGCAACUUGACAGAUAUUUCACUUAUACAUAAGAAGAAAUAUCUAUUUUAUAGGAACAAAUGAAGACUGCAUAAUAAACAUAAUAACUUAUAUCUAAUGUUAUCAACUCAGUUAAUUAAUCGGCUUCCAAGUUUCCAACUAAUUAAGCUGCAGGCUAAUUUUAAGUUAGUUAAAAAGAAAUUAACAGGAAAACAAAUCCAAACUUUCAGAGCUUAUAUUUUACAACUGAUAUGUUUGAUACUGGAAUAAAUGAUAAACCAUAUGGUUUUAAUUAUAAUAUGGUAAACCAUAUUAACCCUAACUAGUACUACUGA